GUCUUUUGUCUUUGUGUGCAUAUACUAAUAGAUCUAUAGAUUCAUAGCAAGCAUCUGGUGCUAGCAACAAUGAAUCUCUUUUAGAUAGCUAUUAUUAUCACGUGUAUUUAUAAAAGUAAGAGUUACUGCUACACAAGGAGCCAUCAUGUCUCAAAGGAACUCUACCAAUCUCACAGUGGACGUGCUCUGUGAUCUUGACGACUACCUGGCUAGUCUGGCAGAGGAGCCUGAAGAAGAAGUGGAGGAUGAUGUAUUUGAACCAAGUCCAGACGCUGAAGAUGCUUGUCCUAGUUGCAGAGUGAACAGCUCCCCUCUCAUCUGUGCUGCUACAAGCGGACACUCUGGCUGUUUGAAGGUCAUACUCAGCAAGGGUAAUUGCGAUCUUGCAUCUGAGAGAUCUGAAAAUGGAGCUACACUUGCUCAUAUUCUAGCGAGGAAGAACGAAAUUGAGUGCUUACGGAUAGUGAUUGCUGCAGACUAUAGUCUGUGUACUGUUGGUGAUGCCAGAGGAGCCACUCCACUGCAUGUGUGUGCUCACCAUGGUCAUGCAGACUGUCUUGUCUGUCUUAUUGAUAAUGGAGGAUCAGCUAACCAGAAAGAUUUCGAUGGAGCUACCCCAGUUCAUUUCGCAGCUGCGUCUGGCCAUCUUAACUGCUUGAAAAUGUUAUUGGAGAGAGGGAAAGGAGAUCCUAACCCGCAGACAAAGAGUGGGGAAACACCAGUGUACUAUGCGGCCCAGGAGGGUCACCUGGACUGCGUACAAUGUCUAGUGGACCAGUACAAGGCGGACCCAGGACUGGCAUCUUAUGAUGGAAUGACUCCACUCCAUGCAGGGGCACAAACUGGCAGGCUCAACAUUACCCACUGGCUCACACGAUCAGCUGGUUGUCCCAUGACAUGUAGGACCAUGGACGGGGCCACGCCCAUGCACUUUGCAGCCGCUAAAGGUCAUGUGGCUAUACUGGAAUGGAUGCUCCACCACUCAUUGGCCACUGGACUGGAACAGGAUGACUUUGGGGCCACCCCCGUGCACGAUGCAGCUGAGCAAGGACAGCUCGAGUGUCUCCACGUGUUCUACAAUCACUCGCUGGACCUCGAGACUAGAGACAGUGAUGGUCUCACACCUUUGUACGUAUAUGGGUGGGAUCUCACACCUUUGGACAUGGCUAAGGAGAAGGGCCACAAAAAUUGUGUCCACUUUCUAGAGAGCCCUCAGUUGGCGUACGAGGAGGCAAGGAAACACAAUGCUGACACAAAGACUGCAGAGUACCAUCACCUCUUGUCUAGUGAUGCCAGCAGCACUGGUCCUGAACCAAGUCUCAAGAGACGCAAAACAUUCUCCAGCUUCUUGAGAAAACCAAAAAAAAAGGCAUCCUCCUCCUCAUCAAGCUUUCAGGGCAGAGCCAAGUAAAGGACUUUCAAACUGUCUAUAUAGACUUUAUUAUAUCUUUCUAUUGACCCCCUCCCUCAUGCAUGCAGUGUAUAACCACAUUGAUAAUUAUG